AUGCAGCUCAAGUUUUCAGUCAGAGUUGCAGCCACAGUAAAUUUUUUUGCAAAAAAUAAAGCAUUGCCGGAGGAAUGCAGAGGGACAGUUCGACUCAUUCAACGGAUCAAAGUACAAGGACGACGCAAAACCUUUAAAAGGAUGUCUAAAAAGAAACUGCGCAUUUUAAGAAGUGGAACGAAUUUUUACCAAUUGUGCGUUCAAUAG